AACUUUUUGGUUGUAUAGAUUCAUCUCCUGAGUGCAUUCCGCGUUGCCAGUCGAAAAAACUUUUUAUUAAGCGGUCUCCUCUGUUUCCUUUCAACGCAACGCAAGAGAAAGGAAAAAUCCUCGCCUUAUCCGCUCUCCACUUUCUCAAUAAUCGAUUCCGCCAUGGGAGGAGGCAACGGGCAGAAGGCCAAGAUGGCUCGCGAGAGAAACUUGGAGAAGCAAAAAGGCGCCAAGGGAAGCCAGCUCGAUUCCAACAAAAAAGCCAUGACUAUCCAGUGCAAGGUGUGCAUGCAGACAUUUAUGUGUACAACCUCAGAGGUGAAAUGUAGGGAGCAUGCUGAAGCAAAACACCCAAAAGCUGAUGUUUCCACCUGUUUCCCCCAUCUUCAGAAGUGACAAUAAUUCUACAUCAAACUGCAGGAUAUGGAUAUGGAUGGCUCUUGCUUAUUCAAGGUGGGUGGUUAUAGGACCAUAAAUAUUAUAUUAUAAGUUUUUACUUCUGAUACGCUUUGUGACUUUCUAUAGUUCUCUGCUGCAAUGUGCUGCUGCCUAUUAAAACUGGUAUUUGCUUAAUAGUAUGUCCCUGUAUGUCCCAAUUAACUUUGGUAGGAGUUUUCAAGUUAUAUUAAUGAAAGUGGUGUGAUGUGAAUUUUAGGGCUGUAUGGGAGUGUUGUUUUCUGCAUUUUAGAACAAAAAUUUAGUGAACCCGUGUUUGGAUAUUUUAA